AUGUCUUUGAAACAACUCAUUUUCAACAGGUGUGAACACUUCCGUAGCAUGUUCCAGUCACACUGGGGUGAAGACGACAAGGAGUAAGUCUGACUAUUUAGGGUUAAGGAAAUUCAAAAGCUUUUUAAUUUCUCGUAAUUCAUCCUGACUGGUAGACCUUUUCUGUAUUCCUGUAAAUAACGGCAUCAACUCGAGGCUUGUGUUGGCAAAAUACAGUGACUUACAUGAAAUUAUCCAGUCGAGCCUCAACCUCACUUCUUUGUGUUUGCUCACUGGAGCUAAAUGCGGGAAAGGCCUAUAUGGAUUAUAUGGACCACUUAGGCCCUUACUUGCCUAGUCCGUGUACGGCGUUUUCCCAGGCCUUCUCGGUGAAUUCACUUAGGUGACGUAUGGCAAGGCCCUUACCGUGGAGCGAGGGGGACUGGGGAAAGAAGAGAGACCUUUCCUAGUCAAAACCUAAGAAAGAGAGAGAUGAAUGUUUAAGGGCUUCUAUUUGCAGGCUGAAAAGAUUUCUUAAUGUCUUAAGGGAACAGAGUGUCUCCCUACAAACAUUCUGCAAAGUCCUUGUCGUUUCCCAGGAGACCUUUUUUUAAAAGUUUCUUUGCGAAGAGAGAAGAGGAAUGACGAUCAAAGCCUUUCUUAGUAUAUCUUUUCCACAGUCAGUUGCUUAUUGUUGAAAGAGAUAUUUGUGUGUUCUAAUUACAUUUUGUAUAAUUUUCUUUUCACCUUCUUUCAGUGUGAUAGAAGUCACUCAGUUCAGUUACCCCGUGUAUCGUGCUUUCCUGCAGUAUCUAUAUACUGAUCAUGUUCAUCUUCAACCAGAGGACGCUAUUGGUGAGUAUCUAGCCACUAAACAAACGGUAAAUGAUCGGAACUGGAAAAAAAAGUCCCGGUUGUCUCUGUCAUGCGAAAAAAUUAACAACCACUGGUUGAGCUUGCCAAGCACAAGGGAAAAAAGGCGCAUUACGUAUAACCGCUGAAAAGGCUGUCUAUGAUGAGGUGACGAAAUUGCCUUUGAGGAGGGGGUGAGCUUACGAACAGAAAAAAACAUUAAAAAUUGUUGGCACAAGUCACACACGCUUUGAUAGCAUUUCUGAUAGUUGCCCUACCGACAGCUGACUCUAUUCACGCCCCUUGCUUAGUCCCUAGGCCUCAUUAUUCCGCGCGGCCAAUUCGUUUCGGGUCAGGUAGUCCGAGCGAAGAAGUGAGUGUUUCCCGCCCGUUCGCCUCGGGUACGUCACCGAAGUAAUUUGACCGGAGGGCCUGGGAAAACGCCGAACAGAAACUAGACAAACACGCCGCGUUGUACACGCACGUUUCUCCAACCUCCUUCCCAGGGCUUUUUCCUUAGAACAUGGGGGAAGGGGAGGGGCGCCUCUUUUCCCACCUCUCCCAUGUUCUAAGGGAAAAGCCAUGAGGACCAAUUUGACUUUCUUUUGCCGGUUGAGCUUCCCUUGGUAACAUCUGCGAGGUAAGAGAGCGUGUUAGCAAAAACGAUUAAAGAGGCCUGCACGUUUUUUUUUUACAUGCACGCCUCCGAGAGAAGAGUAGUAAUGAAAACGCGCUUUUGUAUAUGCUUGAACUAGUGGACGUUUUUCAAAGAUUCUUUCCGCUACUUCAUUUUCUUGCAGGACUACUCGACUUGGCUAAUUCCUACUGUGAGACACAGCUCAAACGCCUCUGCGAACGAAUUAUAAAACAAGGCAUCACCGUGGACAAUGCAGCCAUGUUGCUUGCGGCGGCACUCAAAUACGAGGCUGUGGUAAGAAAUAAACUAAGGAUCCUCUUUGACGAAGGUCAUGUUAAUCUCCUUUAGUACUGAAGCUGUGCUGAGUCCGGGUUUGGGGGUGGGGGUGGCCGGGGGUUACUCAACCAAUUGUAUACGGGGUGGCUCCGCCCCGAGGUCCAACCCCCUACCCAGGUAUAUCCCAUUUUUGACAGAACAGUUACCCCCCGCCCCCGGUCGCUAAUUCCGCAGUAGUUAAGCGUUAGUCUAUUUCUAUUUCUUUUCUUUCUAGGAUCUGGAAGAAUUCUGCUUCAAGUUCUGUGUCAAUCACCUGACGGCAGUCACGCAAACUGAAGCCUUUAAUCAACUGGAUGGGACAACAGUUAAGGAGUUUAUUCAAAAAGCUGCUAAGUGGGGAGCCUUUAAAUACUAA